ACUACAACACCCGAACUAUCCGAAAAAUGCCACUUGUGUCCUAUUUUAUUCAAUAUUCCAUUCAUAUCCUGACGUAUGAUAUUUUGUGACAUUUGUAUCCUGACAUUUUCGUUGACCGUUAAAGAAAACAGUUGACUAGACGGUAGUCAAAGUGAUGGUUGACUUUUGAUGAUGUGGCAAAAAUCAAACAACCACAUAGACACCAUCUCAUUGCCACAUGGAUUAUUUUUAAUAAAAUUAAGUUAAAAUAUAUAAAAAUAUAAUAUAAUAUAUAAAAAUAAAAAAAUUAAAUUUUGCUUCAACUUAUCUUCCUCCAUCGUGGACAUCAUCUACCACCCCCACCACCAUGACUUCACCAUCUCCGUCGAUACAUCAUCAUCGUCAAGAACGAGGCACGCCGAGCUUCGACUACCGGCCAACUCCGGCAAAGGCUCCAAAGCCUCUGACAUCUACCAAAUCACGACGCGCUGCCGCCGCCCUCACCCUCUCCGCCCUCUUCAUUCUUUCUUCUUCUUUCCGGUGGACAAGGGAAAGGUGGGCAAGAUGGACGGCGCGAGAGAUUGCACAAUUGAUGGCGGGAUAAUACUGCAAGAUCCAUAUUGGCAAAGCAACUCCCGUCGAUGAUUCAAAUUCAAGGAGAUCCACAUUCUGAAAAUCAGGAUAUCCGCAUUCUAGGGUUUCUUAAUGGACAAUAUUUAGACCUCAACGCAUUCCUUCAUUUGCCUGUGUAGGGAGAAAUUAAUUAGGAAUUAAUAAAUUGGGUGGUGGACCUCUGCGCAUCCGGCUUUAGAGUAGCUACGCCGGAGAAGUCCAACAGAUCGAAUUGGAAAAAGGUGUUGAGUUGCCCGCUUUAGACUCCGGGUUGCUGGCUCAUCGGAGGGGAAGCUGUAGGGUCGGGUUGCAGUCGCCAACAGCCUGCCUCUCGGCCUCCAGCAAUAAGACACUGCCGAACUC